GCCCCGGCCGCCCAGCAUCCUCCCUCCGGCCGUGAGCCCGGGGCCAUGCUGCCCGGCUCCAUCCAGAUCUCCGGGGAGCCGCUGUCCGGCGCCGAGGUGCGGGACAUCUGCCGGGGCCUGCGGGACAACGCCGUGCGCCUGCUGUCCCUCCGCGGCUGCCGCCUCUGCGACCGCGACUUCGGCCGCAUCUGCCGGGCCCUGGCCGGGGCCACCGCCCUGGCCCAGCUCAACCUCAACCUGGGCGUCGUGUCCAGCCCGGCCCGCGUCAAGCAGCUGGCCGACGCCCUGGGGGCCAACCGCUCCGUCCAGUCCCUCUUCCUGCACGGGAGCCCCCUCACGGACGCGGGCCUGGCCCUGCUGAACCCGGCCCUCGCCCUGCACCCGGCCCUGGUGGCCCUGGACCUGGGGGACUGCAUGCUGGGCGACGAGGGCGUCAACCUCAUCUGCGGCCUCCUGCCCCCCGACGGAGCCAAGUCCGGCCUGAAGGAGUUAACUCUGAGCGCCAACCCGGGCAUCACCCCUAAGGGCUGGGGGCGGCUGGCCAUCGCCGUGGCCCACAGCUCCCAGGUCCGAGUGCUCAACCUGGACUACAACCCCCUUGGUGACCACGUGGCGGGGAUGCUGGCCGUGGCUGUGGCCUCCAGCCGCACCCUGGAGGUCCUGGACUUGGAGGGGACGGGGCUCACUAACCAGUCCGCCCAGACCCUCCUGGACAUGGUGGAGAACUACCCCACAGCCCUGCGGAGCCUGGUCCUGGCCGAGAACAGCAUCAGCCCCGAACUGCAGCAGCAGAUCUGCGACCUGCUGUCCGAAGGCGAGGAAGAGGAGGAGCCCGAGGGGCCGGAGCCCGCCGGCCACCAGCGGGGCCGCCCCUGGGUUGGCCCCAACGCCCCCGGCUCCCAGAUGGUGCUGAUGACGUCCGGUUUGGGGGAUAGCCUGUUGGCAGAGACAGAGAUGUGACCCUCUUCGUCCCCGGCCCCUUCACCCCACUCGGCACGUCUGCGUGGGUCUAUCCCCUGCCCCUGCUACCCGGGCACUCGCCACCGGGCCCGUCCUGCGUGGGACGCGGGAGUGGGGGUCGCCCUUGGUGACGCGAGCUGGGUCCCACGGGGGAGGGAAGGGGUGGACCAUGUCAGCAGCCCUGAUGGACGGAGGGUUGCGAGGUAGUAUUUA